AUGUCUGCAAAUGGUCAAAGUAAUGAAGUUGACAAAUCUUCUGAUAAAUUAUAUUUAGAUGAACCAUCUACAGAAAAAGAAUUAUUUAGUGAGCAAUCAUUUGCUUUUGGUACAAUGCAAGGAUGGAGAUCAUCAAAUGAAGAUUUUCAUAAACAUAAAAUACCAUUAGAUGAGAAUUUAGCAAAUAAUUGGGCUUUUUUUUCAAUAUUUGAUGGUCAUAAUGGUAUUGAUACUGCAAAAAAUGCUUCACAAAUUAUUGAUAAAUAUUUUUUGGAAUCUUUUAAUGAUAUUCAAUCGAAUAUAAAUGAUUAUAAUCAAUUAAAUAAUAUUAUUAAAAAUAUUUUUAUUCAAUUAGAUACAAAUUUAAGAGAAUUAGUUAAAGAUCAUAGUGGUUCCGUUUGUAUAGCAACAUUAAUUAGUCCUGAAAAAAUAUUUUUUAUUAAUCUUGGAGAUUCUCGUGGAAUAAUUAUAUCAAAUGAUGGAAAAGUUUUAUUAUCUACGAAAGAUCAUAAGCCAAAUGUUCAAAAAGAAAAAGAACGUAUUCGUCGAGCAGGAGGUCGAAUAACAAGAGUUGGAAAUGAUAUUUUACGUGUUGAAAGUCAACUUGCUAUGACACGAACUUUAGGAGAUUAUUCAUUAGAUAAAAAUAUUGUUACAGCUAUACCCGAUUUAAUUCAAUAUGAAAGAGAUUCAUCAGCUGAAUAUAUUAUUAUUGCUUCAGAUGGAAUUUGGGAUGUUAUGAAUAAUGAACAAGUUGCUUCAUUUGUCUCUCAACGUAUAUCAAAUACAACAUUAGAAAAUAUAAUAUCACAAUUAUUUGAUCAAUAAUUCCCAACAAGAAAUUUGGAGUUUUGGAGAAAUAUUCUUUCAAUUAUUGGAUCUCGAAUAGAAUUUUUAAAUAUAAAUACAAUUAAUUUCUCGUUAUCAUUAACAUAUUUUCCAAAUAUAAAAUCUCUAAUUCUAUCUUCACCAAUUGAUGUCCUAAAUGAACAAUUAAAAUUAAUUCUCGAAAGUGAACAAUUUCAAAAGAUACAUUCAUUCAAAAUUAAAGAAAAUAAAUUUUAUUUUGAUCGAUUAUAUGACAAUUAUUUAAUCAAAAAAAUUCUUAAUGAUCAAAAUUCUUUAGAAAUAUUUCAAUAUUCAUUAAUAACACUACCAUUGUCAUUAAUAGGCACAUCUAAUUUGAAAAUUAAUUUUAAUUUAUAUUCAUUAACAUUGAUUUCAUAUACACCAAAUUUAACAUGUUUAAAUGUUCAAUUAAAACCACCUUAUAGAUUUCAAGAAUUGAUUCAUAGGACUAAUAUUAAAUUAAAACAAUUACAUUUAAAAUUAAUUGAGAAUGAAACAAGAGAAUAUCCACUGUCUAAUGAUGUUCAAUUAUUCAAUGGUAUAAAACAGUUUUCAUCAUCAUUAAUUUGUUUAUCACUCAAUUUAGUUGGUUUGGAUAUUAAAACUACAAAUGAAAUUCCAUUUAAUAGUAUAAAACUUCAACAAUUCUUAGAAUCAAUGAUAGAACUUAAAUAA